AUGUGGGCCUGGGGGACCGCACUGCCUCGCCGCCUCGCCGUGUGGGCCCGGCCGACUGCACUGCCUCGCCGCAUCGCCCCAUGGGCCUGGCAGACCGCACUGCCUCGCUGCCUCGCCGCGUGGGCCUGGCCGACCGCACUGCUUCACCGCGUGGGCCUGGCCGACCGCACUGCCUCGCCGCAUGGGCAUGGCCGACCGCACUGCCUUGCCGCCUCGCCGUGGCCGAACGCACUGCCUAGCCGCCUCGCCGCGGCCGAGCGCACUGCCUCGCCGCCUCGCCACGGCCGAGCGCACUGCCUCGCCGCGGCCGAGCGCACUGCCUCGCCGCCUCGCCGCGUGGGCCUGGCCGACCGCACUGCCCCGCCGCCUCGCCGCGUGGGCCUGGCCGACCGCACUGCCUCGCCGCCUCGCCGCGUGGGCCUGGCCGACUGCACUGCCUCGCCGCCUCGCCGCGUGGGCCUGGCCGACCGCACUGCCUCGCCGCCUCGCCGCGUGGGCCUGGCCGACCACACUGCCUCGCCGCCACGCCGCGUGGGCCUGGCCGACCGCACUGCCUCGCCGCCUCGCCGCCUCGCCGCCUCGCCGCCUCGCCGCCUCGCCGCCUCGCCGCCUCGCCGCCUCGCCGCCUCGCCGCGUGGGCCUGGCCGACCGCACUGCCUCGCCGCCUCGCCGCGUGGGCCUGACCGACCACACUGCCUCGCCGCGUGGGCCUGGCCCACCGCACUGCCUCGCCGCCUCGCGGCGUGGGCCUGGCCGAGCGCACUGCCUCGCCGCCUCGCCGCGUGGGCCUGGCCGACCGCACUGCCCCGCCGCCUCGCCGCGUGGGCCUGGCCGACCGCACUGCCUCGCCGCCUCGCCGCGUGGGCCUGGCCGACUGCACUGCCUCGCCGCCUCGCCGCGUGGGCCUGGCCGACCGCACUGCCUCGCCGCCUCGCCGCGUGGGCCUGGCCGACCACACUGCCUCGCCGCCACGCCGCGUGGGCCUGGCCGACCGCACUGCCUCGCCGCCUCGCCGCCUCGCCGCCUCGCCGCCUCGCCGCCUCGCCGCCUCGCCGCCUCGCCGCCUCGCCGCGUGGGCCUGGCCGACCGCACUGCCUCGCCGCCUCGCCGCGUGGGCCUGACCGACCACACUGCCUCGCCGCGUGGGCCUGGCCGACCGCACUGCCUCGCCGCCUCGCGGCGUGGGCCUGGCCGACCGCACUGCCUCGCCGCCUCGCCGCGUGGGCCUGGCCGACCGCACUGCCUCGCCACCUCGCCGCGGCCGACCGCACUGCCUUGCCGCCUCGCCGCGUGGGCCUGGCCGACCGCACUGGCUCGCCGCCUCGCCGCCUCGCCGCCUCGCCGCCUCGCCGCAUCGCCGCCUCGCCGCCUCGCCGCCUCGCCGCCUCGCCGCCUCGCCGCCUCGCCGCCUCGCCGCCUCGCCGCCUCGCCGCCUCGCCGCCUCGCCGCCUCGCCGCCUCGCCGCCUCGCCGCCUCGCCGCGUGGGCCUGGCCGACCGCACUGCCUCGCCGCCUCGCCGCCUCGCCGCCUCGCCGCGUUGGCCUGGCCGACCGCACUGCCUCGCCGCCUCGCCGCGUGGGUUUGGCCGACCGCACUGCCUCGCCGCCUCGCCGCGUGGGCCUGGCCGACCGCACUGCCUCGCCGCCUCGCCGCGGCCGAGCGCACUGCCUAGCCACCUCGCCGCGGCCGAGCGCACUGCCUCGCCGCCUCGCCGCGGCCGAGCGCACUGCCUCGCCGCCUCGCCGCGGCCGAGCGCACUGCCUCGCCGCCUCGCCGCGUGGGCCUGGCCGACCGCACUGCCCCGCCGCCUCGAAGAGUGGGCCUGGCCGACCGCACUGCCCCGCCGCCUCGCCGCGUGGGCCUGGCCGACUGCACUGCACUGCCUCGCCGCCUCGCCGCCUCGCCGCCUCGCCGCGUAGGCCUGGCCGACCGCACUGCCUCGCCGCCUCGCCGCGUGGGCCUGGCUGA